AUGGGAGAGGCUGGCGGAGGUGGGUUUUGGGGUGCUACUAGCGUUGGGUAUGGGGUAGGAGAUUGCCGGAGCAAGAGGGAGGUUGGAGUAAUCGGACAAGCCCGACAAGUACCCAUGGAACCUCUUUCCUCCGAUGAGAAGACCCAACCCAUGCCUCCUUCAAUAAACCUCAUCCCCCGAAACGAAGCAGUUGAAUUCUCUUCCACCUUUG